AUGGGUUUAGAAAGUGUCAGGAUAAAUGAUAAAUACGAGACAUAUAACGACCCGUCGGUCGACCACUACUCGAGUCAACACCAUCUGAACCGACGACGAAAAGUGAAUCCGUUGUCGACGACGACUGCAAAUACAUUGAAUUCUCAUCACUAUUACUGCGGUUCACAUAUCACUGCCUCUAACCUGUCCAACGGUAACGACUUCCCCAACGCUUCUAAUUAUAGCUACUUAUGGAAAGUCUGCAAAGAAAGGGGUGUUUUGUUUGAAGAUCCGUAUUUCGCUGCGAGUAAUAAAGCAUUGUUUGGCAAAAAAGAGUCCUCCAAUUCACACAAAAUAUUCUCAUCAGUCGUAUGGAUGCGUCCCUUUCAACUGGUCUCCCGACCCAAGUAUAUCACUGAAUACAAUCCCAAUCGGCGUUUCGAUGUCGAGUUUGGCGAUGGGUCGGCCCUAUUGUCCAGCAAUCAGCCCCUAUUCCACGCGACAAGCAUUUUAUAUUCAGUGCCUAAGCUUUUUGACCGCGUUAUCAAUCCGUUGCAAAACCUUAAUCCAAAUAAUUAUGCCGGCAUUUGGAAGUUUCGGUUCUGGAAGUUUGGACAAUGGAUUGAUAUUGUCAUCGAUGACCGACUGCCCACAUAUAAGGGUAGACUCUUGUUUAUGCAGUGUUUAGAUGGGUCUGAGUUCUGGGCCGCGCUCUUAGAGAAAGCUUACGCUAAACUAUACGGUAGUUAUGAUUAUUAUCUCAAGCAUUGUUUUACUGCCCAAACAACCCAAGACUUGACGGGUGGCAUCGCACAGAGCUUCACAAUAGCGAGCCAUGAGAGGCAUAUCAUACACCAAAUGAUCGCAUCGGCAGUUCCGCGUUCAACACUACUGUCCGUUUGCAUCAACACGAGUGACGCCAACUCUCCUAAUAAAUCAUAUCGACUCAGGAAUGGACUGAGGAAUGUGUGCUGCAAAGGGGAGUGGAAUGGAGCCUGGAGUGAGAGGUCUCUAGAAUGGGAUCAUCUGAGCGAAAGAGACAGAGAAGAGUUGACUAUAAGGUGCAGAACUGAUGGGGAAUUUUGGAUCUCUUUUGAUGACUUACUCAACAACUUUACAAAUCUGGAUCUCAUUCAUAUCGGACCCGACGAUUGGAUGCAGGAAAUAUCACUCCAUCACAAAAGACCCUGGAGGGCUGUAUUGGCGCGAAGGAAAUGGAAGAAGGGGUUCAACGCAGGGGGCAGUCCAUCACAUAAGGAGACUUUCCACACAAACCCACAAUUUCAUGUCCACAUCCCUAAGAGUGGACCAAAUAAACUCCAUGUCGUCGUUUCUGUCACACAAUUAUAUGAGACAAACACCGAAUUACAAGACUAUUCGUUACAGAGUAUAGGCUUUUGUGUGUUUGAAGUGCCGCCCAAUACUAUACGCUUGAGUCAUGCAUUCGUCUCAAAUAACGCUCCGUUAGAUAUCACAGACUUCACCACAACUCGCGAGUCGGUCACUUUCUUUACAUUACCUGCCGGUGACUUCAUUAUAGUGCCCUCCACUGAUAAACCCAACCAAGAGACCAAGUUCCUUUUGAGACUAUUCACUGAUGAAUCCACUAAUAUAUGGGAAGUCAAUGAUGACAACAUCAUUUUUGCCUUGGAUUCGCAGAUACCUAAAAUUGUUGAAAGUAUAGCUCAGCCCGCACUCCUGCGCCAGAUAUUCAUUCGGUACGGCCCACUGGACUACGUGAAUGUGGUCCCCCAGUCGUACUGCGCUUUCGUCAACUACCACAACCACCAGAGCCCGAGAGUAGCCAUCGCCGCACUCUAUGGCCAGACAGUGACCGGCGUUUCCAACGGUUUCCGACCCCUUGUGUUCCGA